AUGCCGUCGUUCGAAGCGCCCGACCCCCAUCAAAUCCGCAACGCAUACAUCUUCGCCGCGAACGGCGACCAUCUAGGAGGUAAGCCCCAGUCGACCGCUAAGGAUCAACCACCUGCCCAAGGUACUCUUAACAUGCCCGGAACACCAGGCCUCUACAUAAACACCCCACCCCAAAUCUCCAACAGCACCUUCUACCGACUCUGCACGCACUUCAUCGAAGCCCCAAUCCCGCCCGAAAAAUGGUCCAUCCACCCCAUAACCCCCAGUGACAAUUUCGGCUCCGCCCCGCUCCCGCGCUCCUCAACGCCCCUGCAAAAAGGCCGCUACGUCUUUCUAGCCCCGAACGUCCAGCUUAUCGAAGCAAGAGACACAGACGAACCGCCCCUGCACCGCCUGUACACGCCCGAAUCAUUCAGCCCCGUCUCGAGGACCGGGUCGCCGCGGGACCCGCGCCAUUUGCGCUUUGGGGAGCGUGUUCUCGAGAGAGAUAGAGGGUGUGUUGUUACGGGGAUGAGAGACCCCCCGCCUGAGAAGCUGAGGGGCGUUCGGGCGACGCAUGUCUUUCCGCUUUGUCUGCGGGAGUUGUGGGGGAGGAAUGGGUGGGGGGUGAAGUGGAUGAAACCGGAAAAGGAAGACGAUGAAGAACCCAUUGGACCGGAUAGGCUGUAUUCGUCGCGAAAUGGGAUCCUCCUUGAUGGGAUGGCCAGGUGCUGGUUGUGUGCGUUUUGUCUUACGGUUGAUCCGGAUGACGACUACCACACCCUUGUCCUCUGCAAGGAUACUUGCAAGUACAGCGGACGGUGCUGGAAGUGGGUGCCUGAGGCCACCGGAGGCCUUAGGGCUCCGGUGGAGGAAGCUUAG